UUCACUGUGUUGAGUAAAGAGCAUGAGAGUCAUAGUCACACUGCAGCAACAAGUGGAAGAUACAGUUGUUAUGACCCAUUUAUGUGAGCGAAUGUAUAAGGAAGUCUUCAAAUUCACCGUCUAAAACAUGAACAAACGAAAACUGAGUAUGAAGUGGUUUGGGAGCAUCACCAAUCUCUCCAUCCGCCGCUCAGAGAAGGCCAACACCAAGGCAGCCACAGAGCAUGAUGGGAUCCUCAACAGUAUUAAAUCAGCAGCGGGGGGCCAAUCAGUGGAUGACAUGGGGUCCGGCCCCCUCAACUCCAGUUAUGCCUGCUCCACUGAAAUGUACACACAUGUGGGUACUGUGCCCCGCAACCACAAGAAGAAGAAGAGCUGUAAGGGGCUGAAGGAGAAGAAGAAGAAGAAAGAGGAGGAGGAAGAGGAGGAGAAGGAUGGGGGGAGCCAGACGGGGGAACAUGUCCGAGACUCCCCUCUGCUUGGUGCCCUGUCUAGCCUCAGUUUGUCCAGUCUGGACCACCCUCUACCUGUUUCUCCACUGGCCCGGCCAUUGCCGGCCACGCCAGCAGCCAGACGGGCUUCACCUUUGACCUCAGCAUCUGAAAACUGCUCCAAUGAUCCUUCAGCAGACCCUGUUAAGAGACAAGAAGCAUUGUCACAGAGCAAAGAUGCUUUAGUAACUGAUGAACCUGAAAAAGAGCCUUCAAACAUGGCAACUAAUGGACAAACAGCUUUGCUGCAGAACGUAUACGUGCGGAUGGACCCAGUAACUGAAGCAGCUCCCAGCCACGUGGACAACCAAACAAAGAGGCAACGGGUCAACAGGAGUAAACAGGAAACCACAAAGACUGAGAACAGCUCGGAAGCAGAGAGCAUAGACAGUCUGCAGGACCUGAAGGACAGUGGUGGAGAAUAUGUGAAGUUCUCCAAAGACAAGUUCUGGUUGGAGCCGCCUUCGGAGAAAUUGAGGAAGCAGCUGGAGGAGGAGCUGAAGCUGAGCGGCACCAACCUGAAGAGUCAUGCCUGGUACCACGGACGUAUACCCUGGGAGGUGUCAGAGAGCCUGGUGGUCAACCAUGGCGACUUCCUCAUCAGAGACUCUCAGUCCAGUCAGGGCGACUUUGUCCUCACCAGCCACUGGGAGCAGAAAACACUCCACUUCCUCAUCAAGAAGACAGUGGUUCAGUCUGGAGAGACGUACACUCGGGUCCAGUACAGCCUGGAAGACGAGGCCUUCGACUCUUUACCAGCUCUUGUUCACUUUUACGUGGGAAGCAGGGCAGCUCUGACCCAGUGGAGUGGCACUCAGAUUCACCAACCGGUGAACAGGACACUGCCUCUAAGCCACUUGGAGACGGCCUUCUGCACUGCAGCCAGCCACAGAGGGCUGCAGAACAACAGUGUGAGCAGAGAAGACAGGGUCUGUCCCAGAAGUCCUUCCUCUCUCCACCACAGGGAGGCAGAUGCGAACAAGGAGGAGGAUGACCGGCUUCUGCCGACUGCUGGAGAAUCCUCACUCUCUACCGUGUACAACACUCCACUGUCUAGGAGCCCCAGCAUUAGCCAGGCAGCCAGCAUGGCACCAUCCCUGUCCCUCUCCAACCACUGGGAUACCUCCCAACCCUCCCCUCUCCCACUAGUCCCCUCCACGGACAGUGUAGCCCUAAAUGGAAGCUGCUACACAGAGCUGGUCCCCGGCCCUCAGAGCUACGUGGAGAGGCUGCAGACAGAGGAAGGGUCCGUGGGCAUUGGUCCAACUAGAUCAGAGGUAGACCAAUACUCAUGUAACUGUGUUUUCCAGGUGGCCAGAAUUCUGGAGGUGACUCCGGAGGUGCAAAGGAUGAUGGGAGUUAGUUCUGGGAUGGAGCUGCUCACGUUGCCACAUGGCCAUCAGUUGAGACUGGACCUGCUGGAGAGGUUCCAAACCAUGGUGACUAUGUUGGUUAAUGUGUUGGGUUGCACAGGGACGACUGAGGAGAGGGCCAGUCUGUUGCAUAAAAUCAUCCAAAUCGCUGCUGAACUCAAGAGCACUAUGGGCAACAUGUUUGGCUUCACUGCUGUCAUGAGAGCCUUAGAGCUCCCACAGGUUUCCCGUCUAGAGCAGACCUGGACGACGUUACGGCAGCGACACACAGAGGGCGCUAUUCUCUACGAGAAAACUCUGAGGCCGUUCAUGAAGAGUCUGAACGAUGGGAGAGAAAGCUGUCCACUGUCUAACACCACCUUCCCUCACGUGCUCCCCCUUCUGUCUCUGUUGGAGAAGAGCAUGGCAGUGUGUGAGGGGACGGAGCCAUGGGAGACGGUGGAAGUUGGGGUGGAUGUGGUCAUGUAUCACCUGGGGGCGGCGAGGACCAUCGCUCAGUUGGGGGGAAUCUACCGCUCCAACGCUGAGAGCAAAUUCCAAGGUUUCCAGGAGCAGACAGAGGUCCUGGAGCUCUUCCAGACUGACUUCCAGAUGAGGCUGCUGUGGGGGAGCAGGGGAGCCGAGGAGAACCAGGCACUGCGAUACUCAAAGUUUGACCAGGUGCUGACCGCCUUGUCCAACAAGCUGGAGCCACCUGUGAGAUCACGCUGAUCCCAGAUCUGUUUUUUUUUUUUAAAGUUUAUUUAUCCAGAAAGAGCUCCCUGUCAUGUUCUUACUCCUACAUGGGACAGUCUGUUGGAGACUGAGCAGCUCCACCUUGCAGUUGGGGUUCUAAUGACCUUCCAGUUGCACCUGAACGGGGCAUUAAAUAUACGGUGAGGCUCCAGCCAUGAACUUCAGACUUCAGAAGCAUCUAUCUGUGGGCCAAAUCUGGAUCGUGACAGCUGACCAUUUUCUAAUCCAUCCAUCCAUUUUCUGUAAUCACUUAUCCUGAUCAGGGUCGCGGAGGGUUGGAGCCUAUCCCAGCUGGCAUUGGGCAAGAGGCAGGGUACACCCUUAACAAGUCGCUGGUUCAUCACGGGGCAGAUUUUCUAAUUCACAAUGAAAAUAAACUGAUUCACUCUAGUGAUCAAUGAUCUGUGCAGAAGUGGUGACAGUUCAUCUCUGACCUGUGACUGGAUUUACUUCUUGGCAAAUAUGAGUGAGGACAGCAAAUGUCAAGAGUUCAAUAAUAAAAAUGGACGGAUAGAUAUGCCUUUAUUUUGCCUCCUCAUACCAACCCUAAAUCAGUGUUCAUUUACCAAAUGUCAAUAGAUGUAUGCAGGUUUUUAAUAUUAUAUAUAAUGGAGAAAUGCACAUCGUUAAACCAAUGCUCCUGAAGUUAAUUCAUUGUAUCUCGUAAAUAUUAUUAUUUAUAAACAGUGCACCACCUUUGCCAUGUCCACAUGUAACAGACUGUGACGGUUGAAGGUGAUACUAACUUUUCACCUGGCUCUCCGGAGCUUCAGAUUCUUGUUAAAAAGCACAUCAGCAGGAUGAAUGUUAGCUUCAAAUUUGUUCUAAUAUCAGUAUUUUUUAGUAGUUAUGAUGCUGAGCCUAACUGAUGAAACUUAAGGGCAUAUAGUUUAGCUUUAAUUCUACAACUUUAUUUUAAAGUCAAAACUGUUGGAGGAUGGUGGAGGCACUGGAAGUUUGAGGUACGACAAAGAAAUAUGAACCAAAAAGCUGCAAAAGUUACAGUCUAAUGGCAUCACAGCUCUUGCCAACCAUCUUUUAUUUAAUAUGUUGAGAGGACUUCAUCUUUCCCCCAAUCAAUCAAAUUGUGGACAUAAGAUAUAAGUACAAAUAUGCAGUAAUAUGCCAGGUUCUUCUGCGCUACCGUAAGUUUGUUCUGCUGAAAAAAAAGUUAGAGGAAAUCUGAGAUCUCUUUUUAUCAAAAUAGUUACUGAGAUGAGGCUGUGCCUCAGCUGUUCGGUUAAUGUAUAGAUAUAUAUUGACGUCUGCCUGAAGGCUGGACCUUCCCUGGAACUGUACAAACUGUAUGUCAUAUUGUACAACACAAUAACAGAGUAACACUGUACGCCCAUUUCUAUAUUUUGUAUUAUGUUUAUCGGCAUGUGUUAAUCAUUAGGAUUUUCUAAUUUGAAGUAACUAUUUAUUGUAAUUACAGUUGCUGUAAUCAGUGCUGGGGUCAGUUGGCUUUCAGUUCAUUUUGUUUCUCUUUAUCUCUCAUUAUCACUAUGUGAAUAAAGUGAGUGAACUGACCCUAACCACAUGAGUACAGCCCAUAGGUACGGAGCAUUUUAUUAGCCUGCCUUACAAAGUGUUAAUGUGUAAUAUUUAUCUGAAAUGUGAAUAAACAUGUUUACCUC